ACGGGUUUCCCCUCUUGCGCCUAGCCCCUGUUUCGCAGCUCUGUAGUCUAACAAAAAAAUUUUUCUUCCUAUUUUUCUGUUUGUUCUUUCCCUCCAAGCAUUUCAUUCGCGCAGAGCCUAGGGUUAGGGGGUGUGGAUUCAAGCUUUCAAUCCAUAAAUUCCAAGAUUCAGCUUUUCCCACCUGUGUCAAAUACCGCCAUUUCUCUUAUGUCUAAUUUGAUCUCUGUAUAGACAUUUUUCCUUUUGUAAUUGAUUUCUUGAAAGUUUCAGAUCAUCAAAAGGGUUCAUUAUACGACAGAUUUUAGGUAUUCUAUAGUUGUUCUAGGAAAAAAAAGAGAACUGAAUCUGAUGGAUAAGAAAAGAGUGGCGGUUCCACUUGUGUGCCAUGGUCAUUCUCGCCCUGUUGUGGAUUUGUUUUACAGUCCAAUCACUCCAGAUGGCUUCUUCCUCAUCAGUGCGAGCAAGGAUUCUAGUCCCAUGCUUAGAAAUGGAGAGACUGGUGAUUGGAUUGGAACGUUUGAAGGGCAUAAGGGUGCAGUGUGGAGUUGCUGUUUGGACACUGAUGCUUUACGGGCUGCUUCUGGUUCUGCUGACUUUACUGCGAAAGUGUGGGAUGCAUUAACUGGGGAUGAACUGCAUUCAUUUGAACACAAACACAUUGUUCGAGCUUGUGCAUUUUCAGAGGAUACUCGCCUUCUGCUCACUGGGGGAGUGGAGAAAGUCCUUCGUAUUCUUGAUUUGAGUCGUCCAGAUGCACCUCCAAGAGAAGUUGAUAAGUCUCCUGGCUCGGUGAGGACUGUUGCAUGGCUUCACACUGAUCAGACGAUACUAAGUUCUUGCACUGACAUGGGGGGUGUGAGACUAUGGGAUGUUAGAAGUGGAAAGAUAGUGCAAACACUUGAGACCAAAUCAUCUGUAACCAGUGCCGAAGUGAGUCAAGAUGGUCGAUAUAUAACAACUUGUGAUGGUUCUACAGUGAAAUUUUGGGAUGCAAACCACUUUGGGUUAGUGAAGAGCUACAACAUGCCUUGCACAGUAGAAUCAGCUUCAUUGGAACCCAAGUACGGGAAUAAGUUCAUUGCUGGAGGAGAAGAUAUGUGGAUUCAUGUAUUUGAUUUUCAUACUGGCGGCAGAGAUAGGUACAUUCUCCAGCAUAAUUUGUUGAAUAAGUAAAACAAGAGAAGGCUAUUUCCAUGUGCAUAUAUUAAUCUUGAAUCUAGCUUUUGGAUGACUCUUCAGCAAAUAGGGGUAUUGUAUUUAGUAAACUUUUUUUUCUUUUAUUGCCUUCUAUAUUAGAUAAAUGUUCUUUCUGCUCCUCGAAAUGUUCCGUAAUUUUCUUGUAUUUGUUUUCAUAUAAUUGUAAGUGACUUGCUCCAUUUUUUCGCAGCAUGCAACAAGGGUCAUCAUGGUCCUGUUCACUGUGUGCGUUUCUCACCUGGAGGGGAAUCAUAUGCCUCUGGAUCUGAGGAUGGAACCAUCAGAAUAUGGCAGACAGGCCCUUUGACACAUGAUGAGAAUGUGGGAUUCACAGCAAAUGGAUCAAUUGGAAAUGUGAGCGUAACAGCGGAAGAAGUUUCUCGCAAGAUUGAGGGCUUCCACGUUUCGGAAGAUGGGAGGGCCAAAGAAAAGGAAGAAGCAGGGAAGGACUGAUGCAGGGAAAGAUUGGCCUCGUCUUUUUAUUUGCUGUUUGUUUUGGUUUGGUGGGUGUGUUGGCUGUCGUUGGCAUGAGGCUGACGUGUAUAGGUUAGCCUCAAUCUAUAGGGUUUAAGACCCCCCUAAUUUUUGUACAAGGCCUAAAGUAAUGCAUUAAAUAGAUAGGCUGGACCAUAUUGUUUUGUAUUUUAACAAGCUUUAAAAUCGAUCUCCCAAGUCUCUCUAGCCUCAACUAUCUACAUUGUGUCUGACAGGGAAAGCCCUGUACACGCAUUCUCGGAUCCAGUUUUUUUCCAUUUGUAAUUUAGAAGUCGUGGAAAGUUUCCUGACA